ACCCCCGGCUCCUCCCCUCGGGCGGCCAGAGGUGCAGCCCCGCUCCCGCGCGUCUCCAGCGGGCUGAGCCACUGCGGUCCCGGGCGCGCGAACUCGGCUGACAACAGCGGCUUCCCAGGAAUGCGCUGAAAGGAGCGAAAUGACCUCUUGUCUCGGAUGAGCGACAUGCUUUGCUUAAGGUGACCGUCCCGACGCCGUCUGCUCGCUCGAGUUGCUGGAAUCCAUAGUCAUGGUGGAUGUGGGAAAGUGGCCUAUCUUCACUCUCCUCUCACCUCAGGAAAUUGCAUCCAUCCGGAAAGCAUGUGUCUUUGGAACCUCAGCCAAUGAAGCUCUCUAUGUUACUGACAACGAUGAGGUCUUUGUAAUUGGACUGAACUAUAGUAAUUGCCUAGGAACUGGAGAUAACCAGAGCAUACUUGUACCCAAAAAGCUAGAAGCCUUAUGUGGAAAAAAGAUUAAAAGCCUUAGUUAUGGAAGUGGACCACAUGUUCUUCUUAGCACUGAAGAUGGAGUUGUUUAUGCCUGGGGCCACAAUGGAUACAGCCAGCUUGGGAAUGGGACAACUAACCAAGGCAUUGCUCCCAUUCAAGUCUGUACCAAUCUCUUGAUCAAGCAAGUGGUUGAAGUAGCUUGUGGCUCACAUCAUUCAAUGGCUCUGGCAGCUGAUGGAGAGGUUUUUGCCUGGGGCUAUAACAACUGUGGUCAGGUGGGAUCAGGAUCUACAGCAAAUCAGCCAACUCCUCGAAAAGUUACAAACUGUUUACAUAUUAAGAGGGUGGUUGGCAUUGCCUGUGGUCAGACAUCCUCCAUGGCUGUACUGGACAAUGGUGAGGUGUAUGGCUGGGGUUACAAUGGCAAUGGCCAACUUGGCCUGGGAAACAAUGGCAAUCAGCUGAUUCCUAUCAGAGUGGCAGCUUUGCACAGAGUGUGUGUGAACCAGAUUGUCUGCGGCUAUGCACACACUCUAGCACUAACAGAUGAGGGCUUGCUCUAUGCCUGGGGAGCUAACACAUAUGGGCAGUUGGGAACUGGCAAUAAAAAUAACCUGCUAAGCCCAGCACACAUCAUGGUGGAGAAAGAAAGGGUUGUAGAGAUUGCAGCCUGCCACUCCUCACAUACCUCUGCAGCCAAGACGCAGGGCGGCCACGUCUACAUGUGGGGCCAGUGCCGGGGCCAGUCAGUCAUCCUGCCUCACCUCACCCACUUCUCUUGCACAGAUGAUGUGUUUGCCUGCUUUGCCACCCCUGCUGUCUCCUGGCGCCUCCUAUCUGUAGAGCAUGAAGACUUUUUAACAGUUGCAGAAUCACUGAAGAAAGAAUUUGACAGUCCAGAAAGUGCUGACCUGAAGUUUCGAAUCGAUGGGAAGUAUAUCCAUGUGCAUAAAGCAGUUUUGAAAAUCAGGUGUGAACACUUUCGAUCUAUGUUCCAGUCUUACUGGAAGGAAGACAUGAAGGAGGUGAUAGAAAUAGACCAGUUUUCUUACCCUGUGUACCGUGCCUUCCUCCAGUACCUCUACACAGAUACUGUUGAUCUGCCACCAGAAGAUGCUAUAGGUCUUCUGGAUUUGGCAACAUCUUACUGUGAAAAUAGACUGAAAAAACUUUGUCAGCACAUUAUCAAGCGAGGAAUUACUGUCGAGAAUGCAUUUUCAUUAUUCUCUGCUGCAGUGAGAUAUGAUGCAGAGGAUUUAGAAGAAUUCUGCUUUAAGUUUUGCGUCAAUCAUUUGACAGAAGUUACACAGACUGCAGCAUUUUGGCAAAUGGAUGGUCCUCUGCUAAAGGAAUUCAUUGCUAAAGCCAGUAAAUGUGGAGCCUUUAAGAACUGAAGCCCAAAGCUGCUGGGGUUUGUGUGAGUGCUCUGGGGCAAGGUGAAGGGUGAAGGUCUGUCCUUUACCCUCUCCCAGUAAUGUAAUUCUGCAGGUAAAAUACAAAAACAAAUCAGGUUCUCCUCCCUGCCCCCCCAUAUCUGAGACACUGGAUCUAUUACUUUCCUGAACAACUUGUUCCAGAUGUGUGUAUUUAAAAUAUGACCGUAGCUUUGGCUGGAGGGUUGUAAAUGGGUGAGUGUUUAGCUGGCUGGUAUUUUUGGCUUUGAUUUUUACUAGUGGAACGUAAGAACUUGAAAGGAGGAAUUUGUGGCUACUCUCCUGAUGUACAUGGCUACAAGCUUUUGAUGCCAGAAGUUGGGAUAGUCUGAGUUGUGAGAAGGGAGACCCCCACCUUGAAUUAAAAAUGCUGACUUGGGGCUUGCAUUAGUUGCUUAGUUCAACAGCCUUACUGUGAAGGAAUAAUUGUGGUGACUUAAAGUUUUUGUUUAUGCAUUUGCACUAUUGAUGUCUUUUUAUAGCUUCAAGAUGUAUCAGAAUACUCAGUAUCUGUCAGGAUCCCUAAUAAGAGCUAAACUGAUUGAAAUAAUUAUGUAAAGAUGAAUUUCUAGAUUAGCAAAGAAUUCUUUUAAAACGUAAGUGCAUAAAGAGUAGUAAUUUAGUACUUUGAAAAGUUGAUAAAGUCUAUUUGGAUAAAGGUGAAUAUUUUAUAAAUAUUAGAAUCUCUACUAUCCAAUAGUGUUAAGAUAAAAUAUGAAAACUUAAGUUAAAAUUUAAAGUUGUCCCCCUUUCCCUUAUAAAUACUAAUCAUGAGAGGAAAAUGAUAUAUUUUGUAUGUUCCUGCCUUCCUAAGUUAAUGAUUACUAAGUCAUCAGGUUUGGUGUGUAUUAAAAGCAAUUUUCUUAUAGGA